AUGGGGGCGGAAGAGGCAGCGACGCCCAUCCAGCUACCGAGAAACUCUGCGUCUUCAAGAGAUGACACGAACACACCGACCACCGCUACUCUCAGCGACGAAAAGCCUGGUCCGAUACAGCAGCAAACGAUUACACAGCCAGUCAACAACGACGAUGAGGCAGCCCGACUCCCGGGCCCAGCCCCUGACAGCGCCGAAGACAACUACAACCCCAAGUCUCUCAAGUUCUGGCUCAUCAUCGUCAGUGCAUUUGUGUCCAUGUUCCUCGUUGCCUUGGACCGGACCAUCAUUUCCACUGCCAUUCCCACAAUCACGGACGACUUCCACUCGCUGUCGGACAUUGGCUGGUAUGGAUCAUCAUAUAUGCUUACAACGGCAGCCUUUCAACUGGUUUGGGGGCGUAUCUACCGCUUCUACGAUCUGCGCUGGACGUUUUUGACGUGUAUCGUCAUCUUUGAGGUUGGCUCUGCCAUCUGUGGUUCCGCACCGAGCUCGAAGGUGUUUAUAGUCGGACGGGCAAUCGCAGGAGUUGGAUCUGCUGGCAUCACGACCGGAUCUCUACUUACGACCAUCGAUUUGAUCCCGCUGGCGAAGCGUCCCAUGUUUCAAGCCUCGUUCGGCCUCAUAUUUGGCGUUGCAAGCAUCACCGGCCCUCUCAUGGGCGGUGCUUUUACAGAAAACGUCUCAUGGAGAUGGUGCUUCUAUAUCAAUCUGCCAGUCGGAGCCGUCGCCUUCGCCUUCCUCUUCUUCUUUCUGAGGGUCCCUCCGAAGCCCAAAGCCCCUGCAUCCGUCAAGGAACAGAUCCUCCGCCUCGACCCUAUCGGCACUUUGUUCUUCAUCCCCUCCACUGUCUGCCUCUUGCUCGCUCUGCAGUGGGGAGGGUCAGAAUACGAUUGGAAAAACUGGAGAAUCAUCCUUCUCUUCAUCAUGUUCGGAGUGUGUGCCUUGGCAUUUGCCUUUGUCCAAGUCAAAAUGCCCGAGACCGCGUCUCUGCCUCCUAGAGUGAUUGGCCAGAGGACCCUGCUAUGUGCGGCGCUUUUCAUGCUGUUUGUUGCAGGCGCCAUGAUGCUCUUGGUUUACUUUAUUCCCUUGUGGUUUCAAACCACACAUGGCAUCAGCCCUGUGCGAUCCGGCAUCUACACACUUCCCUUGGUGUUGAGCCUUGUCAUCGCUGUAACCACGUCUGGAAUCUUGACUCAGCGUAUUGGAUACUAUAAGCCGGCUCUAGUGUUAGCUCCCUGCAUCAUGGCGGUGGGCGAGGGCCUCUUAUAUACCUUUAAGCCAACCACUGGAUCCCCUCACUGGAUUGGCUACCAAUUUCUCGCGGGAUUCGGACUGGGCUUUGGAUUCCAGACGGCCAAUCUUGCUGUUCAAGCCACGCUUCCGAAAAAGGAUAUACCCACGGGUGUCUCGAUUCUGUUCUUUGCUCAGCAGCUGGGAGGUGCCGUCUUCCUGUCCGUCGGCCAGACGGUUUUGAACACUUUGCUCGUGUCCCGUCUGAAAAACGUGCCAGGACUGGAUCCCGAGACGAUUGUUAAGACCGGUGCGACUGAGCUGAGCAAAAUCGUGCUUCCGCAGUAUGUUUCUGCUGUGGUUAAUGCGUAUAACUAUGCCUGCACUCACAUAUUCCUGGCUGCGUUGGCAUUGACUUGUGCUCAGCUGGUAGCUGCCCUGGGCAUUGAAUGGGGAAGCGUCAAGAAACCGAAGAAUCAGCAAGUAAAGGCAUAA